AUGUCACCUAUCUCAAGUCUAUCGUUAAGCGACUCUGCGUCCCAGCUUCCACCUCACUACUCUCCAACUCGCUCAUCAACAGGCGCUCCGCCGCCAUACAGGCAAACCCCAUCAACAUCAUUCAACUCCAACUCAUUUGAAGCUCUCGAAACUCGGACCUCAGCAUCAAAUUUGGUGCCACAAACAGUAGAUCCGGCAUCUGAAACCACUUUACCAUCCUCAACAACGGAAUCGACUGCCUCAUCACCAAGCCCAGCUUCCAAUCUACCCAAUCCCCUUGCAAGUAAUUCAAGUACUCUUCGAAUUCUCACCCAUCAGCCCUCCGACACAGUACCAAUCCCACCGCCAAUCUACAAACGCAACCCCUCACCCGUACCAUCAACCACCCGCUCAUCAUACCAAACGUUUGGCGCAAAACAAGCAAGGACAUCAACCUCACCACCAUCAUACACACCUCAAGCGCCUAUAGUUGUCGACUCCACCGGCUCAAACAGUUCCUCGGGCCUCUAUGAGAGACAAGAUUGUGAGACCGAAUGCUGGUGUUUCCCCAGCUUUUGGUCAACAAUACCAAGAGAACGGCGACAGACGCAGGGAAGAGAACCACAUUACGUGAUCGCUAGGGAAGGAGCAGGAACUUGA